AUGGCUCGUUUGCCGGUGUCGUUGAAUAAGGAAGCAGUACUCCGGUGCAGCUCGGAUUUGUCUCGAGUGAAAAGUCUGGCUGGAGCUCUCUUUAACUGCUAUAAGGAGAAAAAUGUGACGAGGAGGCGGGUGGAGGCGGUCGGUGCGGCCGCGCAUUGGAAUGCAUGCAAGGCGAUUGGUCUGUGUAAUCGAUUUCUUCUCGAGCGCUUCCAAGACAAGCAUGGUGAGGAGGCGUUCCCUAAGACUGCCUUGGCCUUCGCUCCCUUGACAGUGGAUGAA